AUGGAUGCACCGCAAGGGCGUCCGUCGGUCGUCCUUCCUGAAGGAGUGCUUCUUCCGCCGAUGGAUUCGCCGAUUGGCACGCCUGUUACGACUAAAGGGCCCACGUCGGCUUACAGCACCUUUGUCAUCGCGGUGCCAGAUGGCUUCCUGUUGAUUCCGCACCCCUCUGACGAGAAGCUGCCACCCAAGAUCGUGGACGUCCCAGGCAAGGAGAUUCACGUGCCCAAUCCUGCAUCGACGUCACGUCAUCCGGAGGGGCCAUUGGCAUCCGGACAAGUCGGCCAAGCCGGCAGUGGCACAGUUGGAGGUCCAAACCCUUCCGUCAGCGACAGCGAUCCCGCCGGAAGCGGAGGAGGAAACAGUGGCGAUCCGGUGCCCGCAGAAGACACGAGCCCCUGGAGGCCACCAGAAAUCGUCGGCAGCUACUGCACGGAGAAUGGCGACGGAACAUGCUUCAGGAAUAGCCGGGGUCUUCAUUUUAAUUCUUGUUUUCUGCACUUUGAGACCAACACCUUGCUGCGAGCCGGACUCGUAACUUGGGAGUUCUAUGCCUACAUCGAUGGACUUGACACCUCACUAGAGGCUGGUCAGCUGUUCGUGGCGCAGUCUGAGAUUCGUUUCUAUGGCGGGACGGUGUGCAUCGUGCCAGCACGUGCUGCAUGCCCUGAUGGCUUACCACUCACUCCAGUCGCACCAUCGGAAUGUCCUUCUGAAGACAUGUUCCUCAAAGGAUGUGACCUGGCACAACCUGGCGAGUUUUGUGAGGCUACAGGCGUGUGCGAUACGAGAAUCGACCUUGUCAACUGCGGCGUCGACUCCGCUAUGCCACGAGGUGUCUACAAGAAAGGCUUGCCUGCGACAACUUGGACCACAACAAGCACCACCACAGUAACAGCUACGUCCACUUAUGUUGUUGACGGUUUGUGGCGAUACUGGGGGCCUUGCCAGGUCAAUGGUGCAUGUCUCAGCAGUCCUAACUUUCCUGAUGCCUAUGGCGCACAUGAGAUCUGCGUUGCUUCCCUGCCAGACUUUUCCGUUCUAAGAGUCAACGCAUUUGCGACCGGGACCUACAGAGAUUUCCUGACAGUGAAUGGCAAGCGGUACAGUGGUCCCCGGUGGCUGGGACCGAAAACCUUUGUGCUCCAUUCCAAGCUCUCCUGGAGAUCUGACGGACAGGCUGGCGGAGGAUGGGAGCUGUGUGUGCAGGAUUUGCCUUCAUGUGUCGAUGGCUUAGAACUGAAGCCGGUUGCUGUUCCAGACUGUCCUCCGGGCACAGAAAGUCUUCCGAACUGCCGCAGUGCCGCUCCCGGAGAGUUGUGUGAAGGUGAUGGAACCUGUGGCACGAGGACAGACAUAGAUAACUGCUAUGACGCCAGCUAUUCGCAACCACCCAGGCGUGAUGUGUACGAGAAGUUCUUAGGAAGCACGAGAACAACAACAACUAGCCAGAGCUUCACUUUGACAUCAACGACGCUCACAACUGCUACAGCCACAUAUGGGGACGUUGUGGAUGGUUGGUGGCGAUACUGGGGGCCUUGCCAGGUCAAUGGUGCAUGUCUCAGCAGUCCUAACUAUCCUAAUGCCUAUGGCGCACAUGAGAUCUGCGUUGCUUCCCUGCCAGACUUUUCCGUCGUGAGAGUCAGUGCAUUUAAGACCGACACCUACAACGACUUCCUGACAGUGAACGGCAAGUGGUACAGUGGCCCCCGGUGGCUGGGACCGAAAACCUUUGUGCUCCAAACGAACCUCUCAUGGAGAUCCGACGAUCAGAACGGCUACGGCGGAUGGGAGCUGUGUGUGCAGGAUUUGCCUUCAUGUCCCGAUGGCUUAGAACUGAAGCCGGUUGCUGUUCCGGACUGUCCUCCGGGCACGGAAAGUCUUCCGAACUGCCACGGUGCUGCUCCCGGAGAGUUGUGUGAAGGUGAUGGAACCUGUGACACGAGGACAGACAUAGAUAACUGCUAUGACGCCAGCUAUUCUCACCCUCCAACUCGUGACGUCUAUGUCAAAUCGCAGGGGGUCGUUGCGACAAGCACUACUCAGACCGCGAGCACCACACACACCAGGACAUCGACAGUUUCCACCACAACUCUUUCGUGGAAGCACGAAGGCCCCUGGAGUCACGUGGGGCCCUGUGCCGUUCGUGAUGGAUGUGCUGCGAGCCCUGCCAGCGGGGAGACGUCAGAGGCCGAGUGUUCCUUCGUCCUCCCGAGAGGCAGCACGAUCAAGGUGGAACAGCUGAAGCUUCUUCGCUACGACGGCGAUCGUCUGGUGGUCGAUGGUGUCAGUCUUGGCAACUCUGUGGCUGGCAAAAUCCUGCCCGUCACAUCUGGCAUCUUCUUCAAGCCUCACUCCUCCAGGAGAAGGCAUUACCUUCAGGGUCGCCGAAGUUCGUUUGAGAUCUGUGUAAACCAUCCCAAAUGCUGGGAUGGACUUCCCCUCGUCCCCGUGGAGUGGGAGGAAUGUCCCCUAGGAUGGAACGUGCCAAGCUGCCUUGGCUCGGAGGCCGGGGAGCUCUGUGAAGCCAACGGGGAGUGCUUCACCCCUGAGAAGCUCAUGAACUGUGAGGGCAAAAGCAUCUAUCGAAAGGCCAACGGUACAACAAGAACCAGUACAACGAGCACAGCUUCAACGACCUUCACUACAACCGGCUCCACUACUACAGCCACCGUCGCGUUUUCCUUCGGAGCUGUGAGAGGCCCCUGCAAAUUGUCUGGGGCCUGUGUUCAAAGUCCAAACUACCCUCUGGACUACGAGAGCAACGAAGGCUGUGAGGUGUUCUUGAAUGAGCCAUCUGUGGCGACUUUCACUGAGUCGUCGGGAUGUUUCGACGACGGGGAAAAUCGCCAUUUCUACAUCGACGGCAAUCGCUUUCUUGGUCGGAGGAGGCGCUACAGCGGCGACCGCAUGAUGGUAUUGUCUCGGGUCCGGUUUGUGCCAACAGGCCUUGCUGGCCGCCGUCGCCGCCACAGCGGUUGGUGCUCCGACGGUUCAACGUAUAAUCCUUCUACAUGGAGGAUUUGCUGGGCGGCUCCGGUAGAAGGUGAUCCGGAGGCUCGCAGACGACGGGAAGAAGUGCGAAGCAGCAGGCGCCGAGAAGAGAUCUUCAGCAGCAGCCGGAGCAGAACAACAGAGCCACCAUCCAGCGGUUCAUUUUUAGACAACAUCGGUGGCAUGACCGUGCCCAUCUUUGUCGCCCUUUCUUUCCUCGUCCUCAGCUUCGCGAUCUAUGCGACGAAGAAAGGAUGGGCGAGUGGACGGAGCCUUGACGCAAGGAGCCGCCAGGUCUGA